AUGGAUAAUCUGAAAGUGACUCAAAAUCUGGAGGCAAUGGAAAUCUAUCAUUUAUUGAAAAGCCCACAAUUCUAUAAAGUGUUACCAUCUGAGUUGAGGAACUGUUCGCUACAGGAUUGUUCGCUAAUAACACAGUAUAACUGUGAAGAUCUAGAAAGGAAAAGAAAAAUUGAUGUAUCUCUACCACGGGCUAAUAUAUACAUCUUUGAUGAGUCGGCUUAUGGCAAUUUCAAACCACCUUCAACAUACUUGCUCGAAUUUUCGGAUAUAACUGUUGGUUUAGAGCGUAGAUAA